GUGCAAGUGAUGGAAGAAGGAGAAGAGGAGCAUCGCGCAUGACGGAUUUAACCUUUGUGGACAAAAGCUAUUGUUCCUGAGCCGGAGGAGGAUUUAUUCUGCUGUGACUUACAUACUCCUUUUUCUUUCCUGUGACUCAGCUGACAGCAUGGGGAUACUGCUAUUAUUUGCUGUCUUGCAGGUGGUGACAGUCAGCCUGGUGACUGCUGGCUGCCCGGUGGUGUGUGAGUGUCCGGCGGGGCCUCCGUCCUGUCCCCCAGGGGUCAGCUCGGUGCCAGACGGCUGCGGCUGCUGCAAGGUGUGCGCCGCUCAGCUCAACCAGGAUUGCCAUGAAGGGCGGCCCUGUGACCACCAUAAAGGCCUGGAGUGCAACUACGGCAACGAUGUGGGCCGUACCCAUGGCAUCUGCAGGGCAAAGGCAGAGGGCCGCUCCUGCGAAUACAACGGCCGCAUUUAUCAAAACGGCGAGAAUUUCCGCGCUGGUUGCAAACACCAGUGCACCUGCAUCGACGGAGCGGUGGGCUGCGUGCCCCUCUGCCCCAGCCACGUGCCCCUGGCGUCCCCUUCCUGUCCCUCUCCACAGCUGGUCAAAGUACCAGGCCAGUGCUGCCUCACCAUCGACUGCCACAAGGGAACCACCGUCGUGCCCCCGGUGCACCGUCGACCCCAACCUCCAGCUUACCCGCCUUACCCCUUCAUCCCCUACCCAGCCUACCCCUUCCCGAAGCCUUACCCGAAGCCUUACCGGAAGCUGUACCCCUACAAACCCAAGAAGGAGAAGGACACCCUGGGCAACGAGCUGGUGGAGGUGGGGCGCAAGUGGGACAAGCCACGUGGAAACAAGCACCUGGCGGCCUGGAGGCAGGUGGGAGAUCAGUGCGUGGUUCAGACUACUUCCUGGUCCCAGUGUUCUCGGAGCUGCGGGAUGGGCGUCUCCUCUCGUGUUACCAACGACAACGCCCGGUGUAAGCUCAUCAAGGAGACGCGUCUGUGCAACAUCCGGCCCUGUAGCUCCAUGUCCAUCCCAGUCAAGAAAGGAAGGAAGUGCUCUCGUACCCAUAAGGCCCCUGAACCACACCGCCUGUCCUACGCCGGCUGCAGGAGCACACGUCUCUACAGGCCCAACUACUGCGGCGUGUGCAGGGACGGCCGUUGCUGCUCACCCCGUCGCACACGCACUGCCAGCGUGACCUUCGCCUGCCCUGAUGGCGAGCGCUUCAACAGGUCUGUGAUGUUCAUCCAGUCCUGCAAGUGCAGCGACGAGUGCAACCACCUCAACGAGGCCGCCAUGCCUCCUCAGCGAUGGCUCUACGGAGACACGCACAAAUUCAUCGACUAGUGGUAUCAACCCCCGCCCCCAACCUACAUUCCCCCAUAAACUAAGACAUUAACUCCCCCAUAGUGACCCCCGUUAUAGAAUAGCUGUCCUUAGUGUAUCUAUGAGUAGACGUUAGCGAGGUGCACACGUCUUUUCUGAAAGAUUAUUUGGGGAGGAAUGGGGCGAGAAGAAGGAAUCAGACCGGCGCAUCUCCACCUUGGACAGAGCAAAGUGAGCAGCCCCUGCUGUAGUGUAGAUAAGAGGUUGUGUCUGGUGUCACCAGACUUCGACAGACUGUGAUGAAAUCUUUAUAGAUGCAACCGGCCGCCAUGUUGCUGCCAGGCACCAAGUGUCCCCUGAACUCUGAGACUUUGGUCGGGGACGCUGGAUCAAAAGCCGACGUGCUGGUGUUUCUUUUGUAGGUGGUGUGGAGCUGCAUCACAGUCACUGAGCAACAGGUCCGACUAGUCAAUAGAAAGCUGGUCUGACGUUGCUUCGGAGCCAAACAGGAAACCUGUUGGUGCACUCCGAUAAUUAGUAUUGAUAAACCAAAUGAAGACUCACGGAGAAGACUUGACAGCAAAGACUGGGAUCGAGAUGGCAGAAGAUGGAGGAGCAUCUCAGAUGUUCUCGCAGGAGUGUGGCUUGUGUCUUUUUAUGGUAUUUAUUCACUGGUAUUUAUUGUUGAGACAGACAUGAUGACACAGCGGCCUGCCACCAGGGAAGGCGGAGCUGCUAUGUUUGGAGCUUCAGCAUGGCUGAACGGGGACAAAACAGCUGAGAGCUGUCAGCCACGAGAAGGAGAGAAGGACUCCCACAGAUCCAGGGCUCGACCCUGGAGGUUACAGCGGUCAGAGAGCCGUAUCUAAUGAUGGAUGAUGAAGGCUACAGGAGAAGAGGUGGUGCAUACUAGAAAAAGAGUUGAACCUGACCGGUCGAGGCUUUGUGCGCAUUAGCGGGGGAAUAUGUCAAAGGUUGUUUACACAGCUGGACUCAUCCCCUGCCUCGCCUCCACAAGAGACUGAGACAUUUAGCAAGCACCAGAAGAACAAGCCUGGGAUUCUGGCGCCGAGACGUCGACCGCCUAAUUCUGCGCAAAUUACAAUCCUGACUCGGAGGGGCGGCGAGAGCAAAUCAGCCACUCUCUGGUUUUGCUGUAAAAAUAAAAAUUGAAAACUGCGUGUGCUGGGGUAAACAUGUAAUUUGUGACUGGCGGGUGGAACCGCUCUGGUGCCCAAAUCUGGCCUGUAAUCGAGCAGCAUGCAGGCUCACUGACACAAAACAAUAACUCAUGCUUCCUCGUGUUUAAGUGGUGACUGUUUCUGAGAAAUGAAGGCUGCGUUGUCAGUUGACGUCACUGUCAGAGGCGGAGAGGAGCAACACGGCCCUGCAGAGGACGGGGCCAAUGAGAACCUGUAUCUGAGGACAUUUUGAAAGAGGGGACUUUUGUAUUAUUCUGUAACUGUUGUGGCCAAAAUCCUUUACUAUGACUGAAGAACUCGAGCGUCUCACUCGACUGGGACACGGGUUCAAGUCCACGCACCUUAAGACAGCCUUGGUUCAUGACCUUUUAUCUCAAAGGUAACACAGAGGGACUGAGAGGUCAUUUCAAACUGAUUUUUACACAUUUUUAAGUGGGUGAAAUUAUUUAAAUCACCAUUUUAACAUUUCAAAGAUGUGUUUUCUUUCGUGCCAUAAAAUAGUGGCUUAGACAUGAUGUCAGUUUUUAUGUGAAACUGGAAAAUAUUUGCAUUUUCUACCAUCUUUCGGCUACAGUAGGCUUCCGUAGGUAAAAAACUCGAAGCCUGACAACCUUUGAACUUUACAGGUGAUUAACAAGACGCUAUUUGCCUAUGUAGAUGCUGUGGUUUUGGUACUGUAUGUGUAGUUUUGUUAAAGGACACUAUAGAGCAGCUAUGUACAGAUGCAUUGUUACCUUUCUUUGUAGUUCUAUCUGCUGUAUAAGGGCCAAUCCGUUUACCGAGUUAUACUGAAGUAGUCCACGUAUAGUUUAGCACUGAACAGAGCAGGGUUCAGAUCCUUUAUGAGCAUUAAGUGCCAAGUUGAAAGCAUGAUGAUUGUAUGUCUUCUAGUGUGCAUUAAUACCAUCUGUAAUAAUAAAGUCAUGCUUUGAAAGAUUACAUAUUAAAAUAAAUGUUCACAUGUUCCACACAACGACUUCUGUUGGAAACUGGUUGGAUUUAAGAGUUGGAGUGAGUUCAUCAUUUUGCAUUUUUAAUAAAGACAUUUUCACUUCCUCACUCGGUGUCAAGCAUUUACCAAAGUCAUAACUGUCCCAUUGUGUUGGAUCAGUGGCCUCCCUCUGGUGCAGCCAAGGAGUCCAGAUUUCUCCUUAGUUCAAGGUCCACGCAGUUUAAUAUAUUCAGCAUCAUACUUGUGUUUGGUCACAUUGUCGAGGUAGUUUGCUAUCCUGUUUUAUGUUGUGUUCACACCGGGUGCAAAUUAAAUAACUUGUGCAAGUGAAGUGUAUGUAAAGACGAGAUUAAACAAAUUCCCGGCAGGUGGCACAGUGCAUAAAUGAAGCAAGUAGCGCGAUUUUGCGUCAUUUACUUAUUCGCAAGAGUUGAAAAAUCUGAACUAGCGACCAAUUCGCGCUGGAUAGCCAAUCAGCAUUGAGAUUCUCCGGGUGUAUGAUGCAGCGGAAGUUCAUUUAUUGAUUCAGCAAUUUCACGUACGUAUGAAGCAAGUCAACACUAAAUUUUCUAGCAAUCAAACUAGCCCGAAUAACGCAAUGUGAAACUUUGCAUCAUGGUUGGUGUGAACACAUAACAUAGCCUGGAUGUUGCUAUUUGAAUUUUUCCAACUUGAAUCUUUAGAUCUAAAUUUGAUCGGUCAAACUUGAGCAGCCUUAAUUUUUUCUUAUUAUUUUUAAUUAUUAAACUUUGAUUUUUGGAUUUGAACUUGUGAACACUGAAAAAAAAAUCAAAUUAGUUUUUAAAAUUCCAAUCUUGAGACCUGAACUUUUGUUUGGUAUGCUUUUUAAAUUUUUCCAAGCAGUAGGGAUCAGUAGGACCCGACAAGUAUAAAGAACUUAAGUCCCAAUGUCUUAACAAAAGAGACGAUAAUAAUGUCUUCAAAUGAGUGCUUCCUGAUUAACAGUGUCUUAUGUUGUUGCUAAAAUUCAACUUUGUUGCCGUAUCAAUUUACGAACAUUAUUAAUCAUAAAUAAACAAGUUUCAAUCAUAAAAUAAGAUCAGGUUUUGGAUCUUGUCUACUUUUGUUUCGAGAUCGGCUGCAGUCUAACUUGGCAGGGAUGGCGGCCAUCUUGUUUUUACAUGGAGUAUUGACAGUGUAUUGUGCUUUUGCUGCCACUAGAUGGCACAAAAAAGUGUCCACGAAAAAGGACAACAGGUCUAAGUUAAAGCCCAAUCCCAAUACCCCUCCUUGUCCACUACCCCUUGGCCCUCAAAAUGAAGCAACGAGGGGUAGGGGUUGAAAUCUUUCCCUAGGAAUUGGGACACCACUCACUACGUCACCGCGUCGGUUACGUUCAUGCAUACGUAACUAUUUUAAACAGGAAGCUGCGAGCCAUCUACAUUUCCAACCGGCAUCUACAAUGGAGUCUCAUUCAUCUGACAGAUCGCGUUUGCCACAUUCAGCAUGCUUCGUUUGAUGAACGACAGACGACAGGGGACUUUUGCUGGCUAGCUAGCUAGCUAACCGGCUAACAUUAUGAGGCAGCAUAGUUAUACUAGCUGGCGUGUUAUCGUAAUGUGAAAAGUCCGACAAUUUUGCAGAACAGGUCAGAUGACAGAUGCCAGAUAAUGCGAGCUAGCUAGCUAGCUAACAAGCAACCUGACAACGGUAACGUUAGCUAUGUAUGAACUUUUUUCCCCGUCUCUUGCUCGGUGGUAGCCAUGGCGACGUCUAUCCCUCGCUGGCAAGUCAGCAUCUGAAAUCCCUCGCUGCAAAGGGCUAGUUUCAUACCCACUACCCCUCGUUAUGCCCCCUACCCCUACACGCAAAAAAGAAUUGGGACACCACUACCCCUCGCGGGAACGCACAAAUGUAGGGGUAGGGCCAAGGGGGGGUAUUGGGACGGGCCUGUACAAUUAAGUAUAAAGUGCAUGUCAGGAGGUUAAGAGGUCAAUUCAGAACAAAUUAAUUCAGAUACAUGGUUUUCAAAGUAAAAAAUUAGUGGUGUUAAAAUUUAUUAAAUAUUCACUGGCUGUUAAAAUUCAAAUACUUCUGUCCCUUAACAGCUUCCAUAGCUUCUGUGCAGGGGUCAAUGUCUAUGCAGGCAUUAUGGGUAUUAGAGUGAAGCAGGUUUGGUGUUGCAGCAGUAUUAGGUUAAGGUAUAAAAAUUGAUACCAUGUUCAUUUGCUUACCUACAGUAAUGGGAAAAAAUGCAAUCAGUCGAAAAAUCUCACCUAUAUUUGUUUUUUUAAAAGGGAGACUUGUUAACACUUUCAGAACAAAAAUUGUCAUAGUAAUAAAGCAUUUGUUUUCAUUCCUUUAAGUGUUAUAACUAAUAAUUGUGCAGUACCGUAUACCGGCAUACCGUGAAACAGCAAUACUUUGAGACGGUUACCAUACCAUGAAAAUGUCAUAUACUAUGCACAUCUACAUUUUGUCAACAGGUAAGUGCAGGUACAAAGAUAGCAUUGGGUUCAGUGUUAAGUUUAAUAAUUUUUAGCAUGAGAAAUGUGGACAUUCAGGCAGUUUGACUAAUUUUAAUGGAAUCAAAUGAUUGAUAGGUGAAAUUUGAUCAAAUGUUUGACUUUAACCUCACAAAUUAAAAUUUAAGCCUAUUUAAUGACUUUAAAGGCCUAUAAUUUUAUUUUAAAAAUUGAACUUCAUACAUUUUAAUGGCCUGCAGACACCAUGUUUUUAUCUGCAACACCAUGCCACUGUGCUUCCAUUUGCUAAUUAGCACUAAACACAAAGUCCAGUACCAUUUAUGACAUUUUGUGAUGUGUGAAAUAGUUUCCAAAACUCCAAAAAUGACACCAGCAGACACACUAAGCAUCAGUAAUUUCAUUAUCUGGUGUGCUCAUGACACUUAACAUAAAAACUGGCACAUUCACCACCAGGACUCCACUUGGUGACUUCAUUUAUUGGAGGCAUUCAAUUGGAAAUUCAAAGAAAGAGCUGCCAUGUGAGCCAAAAUGUACUGAACUGUCACUACAUGACUUUUUAAAGACCAUCUGUUACAGUGGGGGGAAAAACAAGAGACACAAAUCUUCCUAUACAAACUAGUUCGAACAUUAAAAAAGGGCUAAAAAUCACUUGAACAUGUUCUUCAGAACUACUUUCCUAUACGUUUCCCUGAAGCUCUGCUGGAGAUUGACAUUAAUGCGAAUGGAGUAGAGACAUGAUGAGCCUCUCAAGAGACCACGACAGUAAAAAUGGCAUUUUAUAAAAAGUUUUAAUUUCAUUAAGCAAAAAAAAAAAAGACAGUAAAAGACAAA